UUACGAUCCAUGUCCAGAUCAGCUUGUCCGAGGAUAUGUAGAUCGGCAAACUUUUUGUACGGAAGCGUAAGAGAUAACCUUUCGUUGCCUUAUCUAAGAUGGAUUUACAAAUUGCGCUUGAAUAUUUAUAAAUCAAAAAAGAAUGGGAAUGUUCGUAUUCUUUUCCAGAUCGAACAGCAUGAAAAAUGAAUUGUUGCAUAUGGCGACUGAAACCAGUCGACGUACAUAGGCGUGAAGCAGAAUAACUUAUAAUUCCUUUGCAUAUUGUAUACUUUAUCACAAAGCGUAUAUAUUUUAUGUCUAUUUAUUAUUAAAUAUAUACAGUGGUUCACGAAAAUAUUCGAACACUUAUCAUGGAAAAUUUUUAUGAUAUAUUAAUUAAUAGAAAUUUUUUAUAUAUAUUAUGUGUGUUAUACAAAACAUUUUGAAAUUUCAUUAGCAAUGUAUUGAGACUCGAUCUCAUGAUUAUAUACUGAUAAAAUUUGAAAGAAAUCUAAAAAUGUGUAUACAAACUACAAAAUAUUUAGCACAAACAUACGUUUCUUAAAGGUCACAAAGAUGUUUAAACAAUCAAAUAUUCAUUAUAUUAAUAAACCCCGAUAUUCAGCGGAAUCAUCUUUAUAUGUUUAAGAUGUUUGUAGUAAAUGUCUUGCAAUUUCUAUAUGUAUUUUCACGUUGAUUUCAAUAUCCAAUGUAAAUAUAGUAAUAGUCAUAUCAUAAAAGUUUUCUACAGUAAAUGUUCAAAUAUUUUUGUGAGCUAUUGCAUUAUUACGAUGCAAAUUUUAUUUAUAUGAGUAGAAAAAAAUGAAUUUCUUUUGGUAAUAAAUACGAUCAACGAUAUGUUCUUGUAUCACGUCGAAAAAGUAUAGAAACGAAAGGAAACGAAAACGAGACGAGACGAGAACAGAAACAUGACAAAGCCACUCGAAGAACCAACCAGAGAGAGGAGAGAAGGGUGAGAGUCAACAGACGAAGCGAGUCGAGGUAAAACGAGUCGACUCGAGUCGAAGUGGACUCUAACGAGCAUGGUAAAGAACGUCAGGCUAGAGAGAAAGUGAGUGAGCGUGCGUGCAUGCGAGCAAGCGAGCGCGCAACCAAACGAUAUAGUUCGAAAUAGUUGUGCACAAGUUGUGUAAACGGUGUGGCACGCGUAGCUGAUCAAACCGAUCGAGAUUUGCGUGUGGUUUAACUUCGCCGUACUAUAACAUCGCCUUGUGAUCAAACCUUUCUACUUUCAACGCAUUCAAUGGUAACAAGCAUGAUCCUUCGAAUUUCCUCCGUCGUGUUCCUCGUGCGUACACCAUUACACGAUCGUUCGACGAAGAAUACGCAGUGUAGAAACCAGAGCAAGUAGUUUACACCAGUGAGCGCAAUCUAAGGACAUUCGUGAUUUAUUUUGUCUUUGAGUUCUUUAACGCUAGACUAUUACUACAUCGUUAUGCCAUUCGCAUUUCUAACAACGAUGGUUAAUCUGAAAUCAAGUAUCGUGCUUUCCUGUAACAGCGACGAAAUUAUAUUAGGAGAGUGAAAUAUCAAUAUUUCGAAGAAAGAAGAACUUUACUGUCGAAUACCUGUACACGCAUUCGUGUACAAUCUUUUUGCUAACACAGUACCGAUUUUCUUUAUACUAGUAUACAUACAUAUGUGUAAGGAAAACGUACAUAUAUACAUGAAUAUUUUCCCUGUAAAAUUGUAAAAAAUCAUAACCAACGAUGUUGAAAACGUAUACUACCACUGUUACUACUGCGAGUUAAAUCGAAUCUGGAAUUUAAGAAACAUCGGAUUGGGAAGAUUUCCUUUUGCAGAAAUGCAAAUUCUAAUUGAAAUUUAGUCGAAACGAUACGGAAUCACGAAAAAUGAGACCGCUCACAUUUAUGGCCUGUUCGGUGCUUUUACUAUCUUUACUGCUACUCAUUAGCAUCGUGUCAUCGGCCCCUUCCUAUGAACAUGUUGCCCUUCAGGCUGCCGACCAAUGUGAUUGGAUUGGAAGCGGAGGUGGAGGUCGAGGUGUUCGACCAGUAUAUCUGCGAUGUUCCAGAGGAACGGUACUUUGGCGGUAUCCACGAGGAGCUUUACGAGUUGUUCUCUCGCCCCCUGUUUUAGCUGGAUUCGUAUCGAAAGCUAAUUACGGAAUGAAUCACGGAAAGGGCAACGUCAAUAAGAAGAACGACAGCUAUUGGAAUAACAACGAUGACCCAUUUCAGUUAUCCGGUUUCCGUACUUGUACCAAGAUUUCAGGUCCAGUACGAGUAUAUCUGGAAACUCAUGGCAAACUUCGGUCAAUAUACUCGCCGAGAGACGGCAAAGAUAUAGCUUCACAUAGAUGUUUUCAUGCGAAAAAACAACCCGCAGCACUUUACAUAGAAGCGGAAGAAUUUACGUUGGGUGAACUUCACAAUGCGAGAUUACAAUACGAUUUAGAAGUACGGUAUGUCGACAUUCGACAAGGAGUAUCGCAACGAUUUAAUGAUGAGGAGGAAGACUGUAGACCGUGUACUAUGGAUGAACUAGCUAAGGCGUAUUGUCAAAGCGAUUUCAUAGCCAGGGGUACCGUAAGUGCUGUCCAGAGACGACCAAAUUUAGAAGCUGCCGAACUCGUCCUUAGAGUAACAAAAAUUUUACGUCGGAUCGAAGAGAAUGAGAGUAACAACGAUGCAGAUCCUACCGAUUCCCAUGACCGUAAAAAUGUUCGUGUAAGGGUGCCAACUGCCUGUGAUGCACGUCAUGGCCAAGGAGAAUUUGUGAUAAUGGCUAAACGAAGACUCGGUGAUCUUGUUCUGGUCUGUGCACCGAGAAUAGAAACUUGGGCAAAGACAGUCCGCGAAUUGGAAACUGCACCGUGUGUUCUUCAAAGUUAGCACACCCACGUUCCAAAAAUCGCCUGUAAAUAAUUUAUUUUCCUAUUCUGCGUUGUAUGAAUAUCGAUCUCUAAACUGUGAUAUUGUUUUGUGGAAAUUUUAUCGUGAGAAAUACAUGACUUUUUAGCAAUAUAA